AUGCAAACGUAUUAUUAUCCCCUUCCAACUCCUCAAGACGUUCUGAUAGAAGAACGUGAUUGGAACCAAACUAAUACUUCUUAUAGCGGAAGUGAGAUUUAUGAAUGGAAUCUCGACGGUUUGACUGAUAGGCAAUUAACUAUACUUGUUCAUAGAAUGCUUAUGUAUGCUACUAUUUGCAAGAGUGUUAAUAACACUGAUAGAACUAUUUGCAAGAUGAUAAUUGCAAGUUUUACUGGCCAACUUAGAGGCUGGUGGGAUAAUUAUAUGAGCACGGAGGCAAAAGCCGCUGUAAUCAAUGCUAAAGCUGCUAAUGAAGAUUCAGGAAAACAGACUAAACCUAGAGAAUCUAGAGACUCUAAUCCAGAUAAACCUCAUAGGAAAGAAGAUCUAGGCGAAGGUCUAGAGAAGAACGAGAAGAGCGAAGGACUCAUCGUAAAUCUAAUAGAUUUACCAAGAAUAGAUCUAGGCGAGAUCUCGCAUAAGUGUUACAAAUGUGGAAAAUUCGGGCAUAUAGCACUAGAUUGUAGGCUUGGAAAGCUUAAAACUCUUGAGUUAGAGGAAGACUUGCACGAUAAGGUCUAUAGUUUCUUGUACACCUCUGAUUCUGAGUCUGAUUAUGAUGAUGACGAUUAUUCUGAAUCAGGAUCUGAAACUAAUAAACCUGAAACAUCUUGUAAUACUAAGUCAGCAACUAUAGAUUCUUGUAAAUGUAGAGAAAUUUUAAAAGAAGUUACUGAUAACACGUUGCGUGAAAGGAUUAUUCAUCUUGCUGCUAAUAAUAAGGCUAGCUCAUCUAAUGUUGUUGAAAAAUUGAAAAAUGAGUUUGAAUAUUCUGCACCUUAUUCUUUAUCUGAAGUCAAUAAUAGACUUUCUAAUCAGCAUGUUAUUAUUCGUGAUACUUCUUUUGAUGACUUAAAGGGAGAAAUCAAACAGCUGAAACAAGAGAUUAAAUCUCUUAAACAAAAUAAGAUUAUUUGUGAUCACCGUCUUACUCAGAUUGAGUCCACUAACAACAAAGGUAAAAAUAUUGUUGAAGAAAAUACUCUUGCAAAACCUAUUAAUUGUGAUCCUAAACAAAAUAUGUUUUUAGGAAUGAUGCAGGUUGUUACAGGCUCAUAA